GAUAGUUGUGACUGUUGUGUUUUGUGAGUGCGCUGGUUGUCACUUUGUGCGGUUCAAGUUUUCCAACUCUUUGUGGUUAAUUAUGAUUAGAACCGAAUCCAGUUGCUGAAAACGGUGUCGCUUCAGUCAUGCAUCUAAGAUCUUUUUAUAGACCUUAUUAUUAUUGUACUAACUUGUCGGUGAUUGCAACAUGAAAUAAGUUGAAGACAGACAGACAUGGCUUAUUAUCAAGUGAAUGGAUUCCAGCAAGACUUACUGAAGAAUGACAUAAGUGGUACAAGAAGUUUUCUUUACAUUUUAGAUGCGGAGGAAGACAAUUCAAUAAAAGAUCUUCGUUUGUUUGCAAUUGGAGAAGAUUUAAGAAAGUAUGAAAGAGAUAGAAAAAAAGAAAAUUUCAAAUAACAACCAGACAAAGCGCUCAGGAAGAACUGAUAGGAGAGACCAUAAACUGCAUCAAGCGAAUGUCAGCAAAAAUUUAAAAGCAAAAGAAACUCGUUCUAAAGCUUCGUCUCCUACAGCACAGUCAAGUAUUGCAGUAAGUGAUUCAAACGCGGGCACAGAGCCCUCCGAAGUUUACAGAAACAUGGUUAUACAUUAUGUGGAUGAUGUUAACAGGUUUGAGGCGGCACCUCAAGAUUUGAAAGCAAAUGCAAUGAUUGCCAAAGAGAACAAGGAUGAUGUUCUAGAUAAUCAUUCUACUGAUUUGGAGACAGAAUCUAGCAUGGGUAAGGAAGAAGUGUCAGAUUCAGAGACAAUAAAAGAUUCAGUAUCAUCUCAAGGGGAUUCGCUGACAGCUGAUGAUGACAAAGUAGAAAGACCUUCAAGUGUUAAAAAUAAUUCCUCAGAGGAUCACCAAAGAAACAAACCACAAUCUAAAGCAAUACAUAACACUCCUAAGAAAUCCAUAGGUUCAAUAAAAGGGCCUUCUAGAGUUGUUGCCAGAAGUUCUUCCAAGGCUGACUCCCAAAAUAUGAAAUUUCCUUCCAAACCGUCAUCAGAAUCUUCUGAAGGAGUUGAUGAUAAGCCUGUUAAAGAGGUAAAACAAGUAGAUGACUUGGAUGGGACCUCAAAUGCUGCUCAGAGUUUUGGAAGUGAUGAUGAAACAAUUGAUGCUGAAGAAAGUGAUGAACACAAGGAUGAGGUAGCUUUGGAGCAAAAGAUUGAAGAAAUGGAGUCGAGGAUUGAAAAACUAGAAGAGGAGCUGAGAGAAGUUGCUGCUCUUGAAAUUUCACUCUAUUCUGUGGUACCGGAGCAUGGGAGCUCAGCACAUAAGGUUCACACACCUGCUAGGCGCCUUUCUAGAAUUUACAUUCAUGCUUGCAAACAUUGGACUCUAGACAAGCGAGCCACAAUUGCUAAAAACACUGUAUCAGGGCUUGUUUUGAUUGCCAAGUCCUGCGGUAAUGAUGUCCCGAGGCUAACCUUCUGGAUGUCCAACACUGUUGUGCUGAGGGAGAUCCUCUCACAAGCAUUUGGCAGUUCACGUCAGUCCAGUUCUAUGACCAGGCAUACUGAGUCAAAUGGGAAUGGCAAGAGAAGUGAUGGGAAGUCUCCAGUUUUGAAAUGGAAGGGUAGCUCUGUUAGUAAACAAGCUAAUGGUUUUAUGCAGUUUGUUGCUGAUUGGCAGGAGACAGGAACCUUCAUGGCCGCAUUGGAAAAAGUUGAAUCUUGGAUUUUCUCUCGGAUAGUUGAGUCAGUAUGGUGGCAGGCUUUAACUCCGUAUAUGCAGUCACCAUCUGAGAAUAUGUCAACCAAUAGAAACGGUGGAAGGUUGUUGGGACCAGCUUUGGGUGACCAGCAGCAAGGCAGCUUUUCUAUCAACCUAUGGAAGAAAGCUUUUCAAGAUGCUUUUCAACUACUCUGUCCUGUUCGAGCAGGGGGACAUGAAUGUGGUUGCUUACCUGUGUUGGCAAGAAUGGUUAUGGAACAAUGUGUUGCCAGACUUGAUGUUGCCAUGUUUAAUGCUAUUCUGCGUGAGUCAGCCCAUGAGAUUCCAACUGAUCCUAUAUCAGAUCCCAUUGUUGAUUCGAAGGUUUUGCCCAUUCCUGCUGGAGAUUUGAGUUUCGGAUCUGGUGCCCAGCUCAAAAAUUCUAUCGGCAAUUGGUCUAGAUGGCUUACUGAUAUGUUUGGCAUAGAUGCUGAUGAUUCUCUGAAAGAAGAUCAGCAUGGCAGUGAAGAUGAUGAUGGGAGGGGUGGAGACAGUGAACCUAAAUCUUUCCUCCUCCUCAAUGAUUUGAGUGAUCUUCUGAUGCUUCCAAAAGACAUGCUUAUGGACCGAACAAUUAGACAAGAGGUGUGCCCAUCAAUAAGUCUUCCACUGAUUAAACGAAUAGUCUGCAACUUCACUCCAGAUGAGUUCUGUCCUGAUUCUGUCCCAGGGGCUGUAUUGGAGGCACUGAAUGCUGAGAGUAUUGUGGAGCGGAGAUUGUCCGGAGACUCAGCUAGAAGCUUCCCUUAUACAGUUGCCCCUGUUGUCUACAACCCUCCUUCCUCAGCUGAUGUCGAGGAGAAAGUUGCAGAGGCAGGAGAAAUAUAUGCAUUGGCUAGGAAUGUGUCUGUUGUACAAAGGAAGGGGUAUACCAGUGAUGAAGAACUAGAGGAACUGGAUUCUCCUCUUACAUCCAUCAUUGACAAAAUGCCUUCUUCACCAAUGAUCGCAGUAAAUGGAAAUGGUAAACACGAGGAGCAUGCCAGUAAUACUGGCACAAAUGCAAGGUAUGAACUCCUUCGGGAGGUCUGGUCCAUGUAAAUAUUAAGAGUGACUUCUAUAUGUAAAUUUAUUGUUUUUUGUAUGAAAGGAAAAGAGAGGAAGGAAAUAGAGACAAAUAUUUGUGAAAAAUAAAGGGCCAAAAAAAAAAAAAAAUUCCAGUUGAUCUGAUGUCUUUGGGAAUUCUUGCAUUCGGCCAAAACCCAAGCCAUCAGCUUUCUUGUACAUUAAACAAUGAUCAUAGAUCAUAACCAUAUAUAGUUUAAUGAUAGAUUUCAUCCUAUUUGAAAAA